GUGUCCUUACUGGAGCUGAACUUUCUCCCCACUGGGGGACCAGCACUCACCAAGCAGCAGCUCAUUCUAGCUCGAGAUGUCCUGGAGAUCGGAGCCCUGUGGAGCAUCCUGAAGAAGGACAUCCCGGAUGAGCUUCCUGAAGCGGCCUACAUGCACCAGUUACUGGGACUGAAUCUGCUCUUCCUUCUGUCCCAGAACCGGCUCUCCGAGUUCCACACAGAACUGGAACGGCUGAGUGCCAAAGACAUUCAGACCAAUGUUUAUAUCAGACAUCCCGUUUCGUUAGAGCAGUACUUGAUGGAGGGAAGCUACAACAAGGUGUUUCUAGCCAAAGGCAACAUCCCCGCUGAGAGCUACACCUUUUUUAUAGAUAUUCUGCUUGACACAAUUCGGUAA